AUUCUCCUUCUCUGAAAGGCCUCAACGAGAGCCCUUACUUAGCCCACGAUGGCCACGUUAAAAUCCCCAAUAACCUGUCAUGUCCUCGACGCCUCAACUGGGAAACCGGCGGAGGGUGUCAUCAUACGCUUGCAACAACUUGAGGUUUCAGGGAAUGGAGGUCCAGACAUCUUCCACCCUCUUGCCAAAGGGUAUACGAAUGCAGAUGGUCGCUGUCUCGACCUUUUGCCCCCAGCAGGCUCCCAUGAGGCCAAAACUGAGAAAACCGAGCUUAUAUCCGGACAAACAUAUAAGGUCCUUUUCAAGACUAAAGAAUACUUUGAACGAACCAACCGUCAAUCUUUCUAUCCAUGGGUCGAGAUUUCGUUCGUGAUAGAAAACCCAGAAGAACACUAUCAUAUCCCAUUGUUGAUCAGUCCCUAUUCCUUCACAACCUACAGGGGUAGUUGAGUGUGCAAUAAGAAACACCACAGAGAAGGGGUGAUUUCAUCUCCUCCUUA